AUGGGAAGUGGGGUACCAUUACUUAAUGAAUAUAAACAAGAAUUUCUUUGGAAAAGAUUACCACAGACAAUUUUAGGUGGUCCGAAAUUGAGAUUAGGCUAUGAUGCUCCAGCUUAUGUGUAUUUAAAUCAGAUUUUGAUAUGGAUAAUGCCAUGGAUUCUAGGUGGAACGUUCACAUUGACUCUAGAAUUAUCAUACAGUGCAGAUGUUAUUCAGAAUUAUCUUUUGCUGUAUUGUUCAGUCUAUGGGGCUUGUAUAGUUUGUUUUGUGUUAGUUAUGCAGAUCAUUAGCUCUAUACAACAUGCUAAACAGAACGAUGACAUCAAAUUUAUAAAGAAACAAAAUUUAUUGGCUGAAGAAGAUGAGAUUGAGUUUGAUUCUUGUUGUGGAAGUGACACAUUUCAGUUUAUUAUACCACCAAAAACUUUCAAGUUGAAUAUACUGGUUCAUUCAGUACUGUCAGGUUUUAUGUGUGGGUUAUCAUUAUGGUACCUAUUGCCAUGGACGUUAAAUAGUUUAUAUUAUUAUAAUUAUGUGGCCACUGGUAUCAUUCAUAUAUUGGGAUGGUUGACUGUUUGUAUAGCUCAGUAUCCACUGACUACAGGCUCUCCACCUGAACUAGCUAUGUAUAGAACAAUGGAUGUUUGGGAAAUAUCACCUAUCACCAGGCCAUUUUAUGUUCUUCUGUUAGUUUUCCCUGUAUUGCACUUAUUUUUCAGGUAUUAUCCAGAGUUUUUAUUAGCUACUCAGAUAUUACAUGGUGUAUUUGUUUGUUUACCUGUUUUAUGGAUAUUAGGUGUAUUGCCACCUGUAGAUUGUUUAUUUUUAUGGUUAUUAGAACAAAUACAUGUAUUUUUAUUUGGAGGAUCACCCAUGGCUUCAGAUGCAAGAUUACUAUGUAUGGUUAUAUUAUCAACUGGAGUGUAUAUAGCAGUUUAUUAUAUACCCUUAUCUCUAGUGUCUGUUGUCAUAGCUGCUUGCUUCGGCUAUAUUCUUAGUACAGAUUUGGGUGGUCUUGGAACUCAAAUAUGGUCAUAUUAUCAGACCCAGACUAAAAAUAGAGUUUCAGUUGUAUCUCAAAGCAAGGCUGUCAAUUCUACAUCAGAAGUGAAAGGAUUUUUGUGGUCAUGGAAGCCAACAACAUUCCUCUAUCAUUUUGUAAUGGUAGUGUUAGUUGGAGUCGAAGCUGGUCUCUUGAAUUAUAACUGGAGAACUCUGACUACAGAAUAUCGUGAUGUCUUUGGUUAUAUUAUUAUUGGAUUAUGUAUUGUUGAAAAGAUUUUUCGGGAAUCUCAAUCAGUAUACCUAUUUUUUGGACUUUUGCGAAAUGUUCUGUUUCCAAUCACUGUUCAGAGGGAAAGAAUAUUUCAUGAAAGAAAAAAGCAGUUAUUUCCCCUUGGUCUUGUCAGACGACUUGUUGUAAACUGGGUGGCACCAUUUGUAAUGUUAGCAUAUCUUUCAUUAACUGUAACACAAUCCGAUGUUUUAAAGAUAUCAAUUAUACAAGGGCAACAACUAUAUUUCUCAAUAUGGUAUAUAUUUGGUGUAGUAAGAGCCUUUAGAACAAUAUGGCAGUCUACAGUGAAUGCAUUACUAGAAAUGUCUGCCCUGCAUUUAAUAUACGUAACCCUGGGCUCUACGAAUACUACACUUCUUACUCUUUCUAUUCCUGUAUUAUUAUUAAUCAUUGGACUGUGUCGGGAUCGAUUGUUCCAAAUAACUAACAAGCUAUUUUUCUUUUUUUCACUUCUCUUUUCAUCCUGGCUUGAUAAAAAACAAAGACGGAAAUCCACAGCUUUUGUUAUUUUUGUAUCUUUUCUAUUUUUUCCUGUUGUUUUGGUUAUUCUCUUUGCUGCCUCUAUUCUAUCUUCUCCACUUCUGCCUUUAUUUACUUUGCCAAUAUUCUUUAUUGCAUUCCCUCGUCCUAGCCGCUUCUGGCCAGAAUCUGUAGGUGCCUCUGCCAAUGUUUGUGGUGAUUCAGUAUAUUAUAAGCAAUUUGCUCCAGUGUUUGCUAAAGCUAUUCGCAAGGCAUUUGCCGAUGGUAGUUUAGGUAAGUCAAAACCUGGUAAUCAUUAUAUGGUAAGAUAUCAAGAUAGACUAGCAUGGUUUACAAUAUUAGAACGUGGUACUGCCUAUUGUACAGUCAAUAUUAAAGGUUUAGAACUACAAGAAACAUCAUGUCAUACAGCUGAGGCAGCCAGACUGGAUGAUAUAUUUGAAAUGGCAUUUGAACGAGAAAACUCAGGCGCUUGUGGGUUUAAUAGUUAUCCAUUACAUUCCUUAACACCAGUUGAUGCUGUAGGUGUCCAGACCUACUCUGAUGCUAGAAAUGUACUUACUGGUAUUAUAGACUCUCCAGAUAGCUUCCCAAUAACAAUGUCUUACUUUGUUAAAAGUCUCAUCUGGGUUGUACUUCAUCAUGUCAACAAAAGAAAAAUCACAGAGAACAAAGAAACACAAAAGCAGAAGGAAAGAGCUAUGGCUCAUAAGGAGAAAGAAAUUUUAGAAGCAGAGAGAACACAGAAGAUUUCAACCAGAAGAAAAUCUAAAUCAGAAAUUAACCACAACAAUCAAAAAUCAGAUUUAAAUAACCACACAAAUACAAGGCAUACAACAAUAACUCAUGCUCAAGUUGCUAAAUCUUCUAUUAAGAAUGAUUUGACACCAGUAGACAUUUCAAACAAACGAACAAAUUCAAACAAUCACAUCUACAAACCAGUCACCAAUUUAGCAGGGUCGCCAGACUUUAAAUGUCAGUAUUCUGCUCACAUCAGUUUACCAGUCAAGUGGAGAGAACUACCAAUAGAGUAUUCUCAAUUAUCAAGACACAUUAGUCAAUUUCCCACAGAAUGGUAUAAGUAUGUGUUGUCAACAUUAGAUUGGUCUGGUAUAAGUUGUCCAUCAGAGAAGGUUGCUUUGGAAGUUGCUGCCGAUGAUGCUUUGACUAAUUGUUAUUCUCAACUUAUUAUGGCUUGUUACUCUGGAUUUGAUCUUCAAGGGAGAUAUAACGGACCUAGUAGUCAGUAUAAAACUUACAUUGGUGAUGUACCAUGGAAUGCUAUGGUAGACUGGUUAGCAGAAGAUAAAGAACUGUAUGGUUUGGUUAUCAAGGCUUUCAGAUAUGGGUUUAAAUUGAUGAUAGAUCAUAUGUUGAUGGGUGAUAUUGAUAAUAAUGAGGAAUUAAGAGAAUGUCUAGAGGAUUAUGAUGAUAAUUGGUAUAUUGGACUAGAGAGUGAGGAGGAAUGGAAAUCUGGUAUUAUUGAUAAUAAGAAAAAUUUAUUUUCUUUAGGACAUAACUCAAUACAGGGAACAUAUAGUAGUAGAAUAUUAUCACUACAAGAAGUUAUGGUACAUAUUGGUAGACUAAAUGAAGAAGUAGUAAAGGGACAAUGGGCUAACCUCAGUUUAGAAUUACUCUAUCUGACUAAUGAUGAUGAAGAGAGAUACAGUAUUCAAGCACAUCCUACAAUAUUACGUAAUUUAACAGUACAAGCUGCAGAUCCACCUCUAGGUUAUCCUAUAUUCUCUUCUCGACCCUUGUCAGUCCCUACAUUAUAA